GGACGAGCAGGGGGGAUGGCGGGCGGGAGGCGCCGCGGGGGCGGUGGGCGGCGGGGGGGACCCCAGCAGAACACGGGGACCCCCCAGCCGGCCCCAUCGCCCGCACCCCUCUGCCCUGCAGCCCCCACGGCCCAGCCAGCGGGCGCUGCCCCCAGGGCGGGCCGCCCCAAGAAGGCCGUGGAGGGGCCGGCGGCGAGGGCUCCGGACGUGGACUCGCUGGGCUUCCAGGCCAUGGACCGCAACGUGCCGGGGCUGUCCCACGUCAUCCUGCAGAAGCUCAACAUGGAGAGCUACGAGGACUACAAGUCUGCCAUGGACGGGAAGAAGAGUGGCAGCGAUUUCGGCAUCCGGACUUACUUCGACAUGUUCCAGAAGAUGGAGGACACCUUCAAGUUUUGUGCUGAAUGCAAGAAGCUCCCUGAUGCCCUCCCUGACCCCAAAAGCCUCCGGCGUUGCAAGAGGUGCCAAAAUGUGUACUACUGUGGUGUGGCGUGCCAGCGUGCCAACUGGCCGCUGCACAAGAAGUUCUGCAAGAAGCUGAAGCUGGUGGCCCUGGAUCGGUUGGUGGAGUGGCUUGUCUUCACAGGAGACAUCCCCUUCCCCACGGAGACCUGGACAAAACCCACGGGGGAUGUGAAGGGCUGGGAGGACUGGUUCUCCAUGCAGGAGCAGCUGGAGGAGAAGCUGGGUGCCAUUGUGGCCGGGCGCUACAUGACCCUGCUCUGGGCCAACGCCGGGAAGCCGCGGCCGGAGGACAGGGAGCUGCGCGAGUCCAUCCGGCGCCUGGUCACUGACUUCCACUCGCGGCCGCUCACCAUCGGCCUGGGGCUGCGGCUUUUCGGCAUCGACCCCCUUGCCAGGCCCCUCACCGUGCACGUAGUGGGGGCCUCCCACGUGGAGACCCUCAAUACGCGGCCCACGGACUACGACGAGCUGACACGGAUGUUCCCGGGGCACCGGGGCGUGGAGAUGGUGAUGGUGGGUGUGGAUGUGGUGGACGGACCCAUCAUGAGGCCACCCCUGGCCACGCCAGCACCCCGGGGUAGAGUCUAUCUCAGCAGCUACAAGGGGCUCUACCACGACUUCUGGGAAAGCCACGUGGAGACCAAGCUGGCUGCCCGUCCUGACCUCGUAGUGGGAUUUCACCCAGGUUUCCACGCCUGCCCAGACCUGCUGGCGGGGUGGCUGCCCACCCUGCUGCUGCUGCGGGACUAUGGCCUGCCCGUCCUCUUCACUGUGUACAGCGAGCAGGAGCUGAAGGCCUCCCUGCAGAUCCUCGUGGAGCUCGAGGCACACAUCGUGGGCUAUGCCAGCAACCCCUUUGCCUCACUGCGGCCUGAGCAGGUCUACUCCAGCCCCAACAAGGCCCCUGUCUACUGCAGCUCCCACUACAUCGCCCUGCUGGGAGCAGAGGCGCCUGCUGUGCCAGGGGCCGAGGAGCUGGAGGAUGAGGAUGAUGGCUGGCAGGGAGUGGGGCCCAGUGCUGCUGCUGUUGGUGGGGGCAUCACCCCAGGGUUGGGCUGA